UCUAAUCUCGAACUUGUCCCUUCCUUCCGUUUCCAUUAUACCUCAUGUCACUCUGAAUCAUCACAACUCUCAUAUUCAUAUACCUCUCUCUCUUUCUCUGCAUCUGUCUCUCUUUCACUGCUCUGUUCUGGUCUCCUGUUGCUCCAUUCAAGGUGCUUAGGGACAAAUGGCCUUGGUGACAACUGCUGAAGUCUGUGAUGCACAUUCAUCGCUCAUUGUAAGUGGUGAGCUUCGGGUGCUUGAACCGAUCUUUCAGAUCUAUGGGCGGCGGCAGGUCUUCUCCGGACAAGUAGUGACCUUGAAGGUAUUUGAAGACAAUGUUCUGGUUCGUGGGUUUCUUGAGGAAAAAGGCAAUGGCAGAGUUCUUGUUGUAGACGGGGGUGGAAGCAAGCGGUGUGCAAUAUUGGGUGGCAACCCUGUAGUUCAAGCUCAGAAUAAUGGCUGGGCCGGUAUAGUGGUCAACGGCUGUAUAAGAGAUGUUGAUGAGAUUAAUGGCUGUGACAUUGGGGUGAGAGCUCUGGCUUCCCACCCAAUGAAAGCCAACAAGAAGGGAACCGGAGAGAAGCAAGUACCAAUAACCAUUGCUGGGACACGAAUCACCGAUGGGGAUUGGCUCUAUGCAGACACCGAUGGAAUUCUGAUUUCUCAUACUGAGCUAGCUGUGUGAUCCUCAACACCCUUUGGAAUAGUUUUCUGAACCCUGCGAAACUGAUUGUCUCCACUGGAAAACAAGCAAGUCCCUGCAGCAUAAAGCUUCUCAGUUCUUGAUGUAGGUUUCUUCUGUAGUUGCCAAGUAUUGUAUCUUAGUUGUAUUGGUGGUCUUAAUUGCUAUAAUAUUCCUGUAUUCAGUGAUUUACAAGAUGAUCAACCUAUAAAUUAUGUCCUGCUUUCUGUU